AGCAGGCAUUUGUUUGCGAGGUGAGGUCACGACUUUCUGCUGCGCUGCGAGUAGUUCGUUGUUCCAGCAGUCAACCUUCGUCGUUUAGAAGAUAUUUAUUUUCUGAGCAAAAUGAUUGCCUCAGUGGGAUCAAAGGUGGCAAGGGCAGUUACUACCAGAAACUUUUCAACUACCCUCCAGAGGCUCGAUGCUCAUGGCCCCCAGCAGUGGCCCAAACCUGGCUCAAACCUUCCCUUCAGCAUCAAGAACAGGUACAAGUUGACUUUGUAUUACUGUCUCUUUGCUGGUUCUGCAUUUGGUCUGCCCUUCUACUUCUGGACCCAGAAGGUUUAAGUUUUAAUUUAGGGACAGCGAUAUAGCACUAGGAGAAUGUCUGUAAAUUGUUUCAGCAAAAAUUGUUAAAUGUAAUUCUCAUUACUCUGUAAAUCAACAUCUGGAAAUGUGAAAGAAAUAUAUUCAAUAACAGUAACCAGUUUACAAAGGAAGAAGUUUUAUUGAAACUUACAAACAAA